UUCAAAACGCUGCCAUGGCAGCCACAGAGUCACCAGCGACUUCGGUUGACGCAACCAAACCGAUUCACAGCCUCGUUCUCGACACCGGUCCGCUGAUCAAGAAUGAUCCUCCUGCCAGCGUGCUCAUCGCUAGAGCCGAAAAGCUUUAUACGCUACCCAACAUCAUUAGCGAAAUUCGCGACGCUGCCACCCGGGCUCGAGUUGAAACGACGCUGCUGCCAUUCGUCACCCUGCGGUCGCCCAAGCCCGAAAGCUUGAAGUUCAUUGCCGACUUUGCAAAGAAAACGGGCGACUAUGGAGUUCUCAGCAGGCCGGACAUGGAGGUGCUAGCGCUGGGAUAUGAGCUCGAGUGUGAGAGAAACGGAGGCGACUGGAGGCUGAGAAAUACGCCGGGCCAGAAGGGUGUGAACGGCAGGCCGCAGCAGCAGGAGAAGUCCGUUGCAGACGAGACAACAGAGGGACAGGUGCAGGGAGAUGAAGCUCAAAAGGCUGCUGAACCCGAACAGGCUUCGGAAAGCACCAGAGAAGAAGCAGAUGGCCGGUCGGAGCCGCAAACCGAGGCGAGCCUCAGCGAUGACAUUCAGAGACUGAAUCUCGAAGCCCCUGCCGACAGCGAGAAGGAGAAAUCAGAGCCUGCGACAACAGAAGCUGUCCAGGGUUUGCCAUCUGUACAGCAACCUGAGGAGGCAUCAGAGGAAUCCGACGACGAGGGCUGGAUCACCCCUUCCAACCUCAAGAAGCAGCAAGCCAUCGACGCCGGCGCGACCGGCACGAGCGCCAAUGCUACCCCCAAAGUCCUGCAGGCUGCCAUUCUGACUUCCGAUUACGCCAUGCAAAACGUUGCCCUCCGCAUCAAUCUCAACCUUGUCGCGCCCUCGCUGUCGCGCAUCACAUAUCUGAAGACGUGGGUGCUGCGGUGCCAUGGUUGCUUCAACAUCACCAAGGACAUGGAUAAGAAGUUCUGCCCCAAGUGCGGCCAGAACACGCUUACAAGGACGAGCUGCUCGACAGAUCAGCACGGGAACUUCAAGAUCCAUCUGAAGCAGAACUUUCAGUGGAACAAUCGCGGAAAUGUGUUCAGCGUGCCGAAGCCGGUGCAUGGCAGCGCGAAUGGGAGACUGCCCAAGCAUGUUGGUGGGAAGAAUGGCUGGGGCAGAGACCUCAUUCUCGCUGAGGACCAGAAGGAGCAUGUUAAGGCGCUGGAUGAGCAGCGGAGACAGAGGAAGAAGGAUCUGAUGGAUGAGGAUUAUCUGCCUUCUCUUCUGACGGGCCAUAGGUCUGGUGGUGGUGGCAGGGUCAAGGUUGGUGCGGGACGGGCGGUAAACUCUAGGCGGAAGAGGUAGACGUGAUGGUAUUUGC